CACGACGCGCCAAUUUUUAAGUGUUUUGGCUGCCGAUGGAGUUUUUCGCUCUGUUUUAGUUUCUGUGUUUUAUUUCAGUCAGACUUCCACAAUGAACCCCAGAGGAAGAGGCUCCGGAGACACGACGUUACCUCUCCAGUCUAACAGUAGUGAUGGAGACGCCAUUAAGGUGUACGUCCGCGUGCGACCUUUGACCCAGGGCAUGGGGCUGACGACAGACGGAGAUCGGAGUCUGUGUCUGGCGGUGACGUCGGUUCACACGGUGCGUCUGAACUCCAAACCAGAACCCCGGAACUUCACCUACGAUCACGUGGCGGACAUGGACACGUCUCAGGAAUCGGUGUUCUCGUGUGUGGCUAAAGACAUCGUGGAGUCGUGCAUGAACGGUUAUAACGGCACCAUAUUCGCAUAUGGACAGACGGGUUCAGGAAAGACCUUUACCAUGCUGGGGCCGAACGAGCUGACGGAUUUCUCCGACGAGCUGCGCGGUGUGAUCCCUCGUAGCUUUGAGUAUCUGUUCUUCCUCAUCAGCAGGGAGGUGGAGAAGUCUGCAGGAGCGAAGAGCUUCCUGUGUAAAUGCUCCUUCAUAGAGAUCUAUAACGAGCAGAUCUUUGACCUCCUGGACAGCGCCUCCGCGAGUCUGUUCCUCAGAGAGGACAUCAAGAAAGGAGUGUUUGUGGAAGGAGCGGUGGAGAAAUACGCAGCUUCAGCCGCAGAGGCAUACCAGGUGUUAUCAAUGGGAUGGCGUAAUCGGCGAGUGGCGUCCACGUCGAUGAACCGCGAGUCGUCCCGCUCUCACGCCGUGUUCACCAUGACGCUGGAGUCCAAGGAAACGGGACAGGGGGUGGUGAACAUCAGGACGUCUCAGCUGAACCUGGUGGAUCUUGCGGGGUCCGAGAGGCAGAGGGACACACAGGCCGAAGGGUCACGCCUCAAGGAGGCGAGCAGCAUCAACCGCUCUCUGAUGUGCCUGGGUCAGGUGAUCAUGGCUCUGGUCGACGUGUCCAAUGGGAGGAGCCGGCACGUCUGUUACCGCGACUCCAAACUCACCUUUCUGCUCCGGGACUCCCUUGGAGGCAAUGCUAAGACGUACAUCAUUGCUAACGUCCACCCAGGAUCCAAGUGUUUUGGAGAGACGUUGUCCACGCUGCAGUUCGCUCAGAGGGCCAAGCUCAUCAAGAACAGGGCAAUGAUAAACGAGGACACUCAGGGAAAUGUGAAGCAGCUCCAGGCUGAAGUGAAGAAGCUGAAGGAGCAGUUAGCGCUCGCUCUGUCCACUCGCCAUAACAGCACUGAGCUCGCCCCCGGGGGGCCGCAGUUACUCACUGCAGCAUCUGAAGUCGAGCCUCCUUAUAAGACUCACUUCCUGCAGGCUGUACGACUGUGGAGGAGACGAGAGGAGGAGAAGAAGGUCCUACAGGAGAAAGUGUCUCGCCUGGAGGAGGCCUGGGGACAGAAGGAGAAAUUCAUCCAGUCCAACCGCAUGAUCCUGAAGUUCCGAGACGAUCGCAUCGCGCGUCUGAAGAGGGAGCUGGAGUCAGGAGAGCGGGCGGAGCCAGCACGGCAGGACCAGAUCCUCAUCGAUCAGCUGCUACAGGAGAUUCGCCUGCUCAGAGAACAGGUGGAACAUCACCCACGCAUGAUGUGGUACGCGGCGGAGAACUGCAGCCUGAAGGAGGAAGUGCGCACACUGAGAGCUCUAGAGUCGGUGAAGCUCGCUCAGGAGGCUGCGUCCCAAUCUGCAGCGGAGCUCGAGCAGGCGUAUCAGGAGGUCUUACAGUCAGAGGAGGGGGCGGAGACAGAGGGGGCUCCACCUUCCUGCUCCACCCCGGUUACCAUGGAGACGCUCUCCUCUGUUUCCAUGGAGAGGUUGAAGGCCCAGUUGUUACAGAAACAGUCGGAGCUCAGUGCCAUGGUGCAGGCCUUCAACGACUACAAACACGUCAGCAAGAAGCAGCUCCUGGAUCUGGAGUCUGAGAAACGCUACCUGGACAAAUCCAACAAGCACCUGGAAAACAUUCUAGAAGCCACUAAAGCUCACACCAAACAGGAAGUGUGUCAGCUCAACAAGAUCCACGCUGAAACGAUUAAGAUUCUGACGACGCCGACUAAAGCGCAUAACCAGCGGACCCGCUUGGUGCCGCUGUCGAGCCCGGAGCAUCUGAACGGCCUCGGGGGCGAGUCGGAGCUGGAGGACAUCGAGAGCGAACAGCCCCCUCCCGCCAUGAGCGAGCUAGCCUGUGAGGCUCUCACUGAGGAACUCAAACAAAUGCAGGAGCAGAUGACCCGUCUGAAGAGCGCGCUGGACCAGGAGGAAGCCAAAAACAGGAAGCUGCUUCAGCAAAUCAGCAAGCUGGAAGAGCAGGUUACUACGGCAACGGAGCAGUCCACUCGCAGGGCGGAGGACUUCAGUGCAGAGCGAAGUUCUUUAAUGGAGGAGCAGAAGCAGCUGCAUGAGAGUGUGAGCGCUCUGGAAAAGCAGCUCGCUGAGGAAAGAGCAGCAGCAGAGGUGCUGCGUAGUGAAGUGUGUGACCUGCGGGUGGUGCUGCAGUCCUCUGACAAACAGCUGGACGAGGUGCGACGGGAGCAGGAGAGAGAGAACACACAGCUGUCUAACAGCCUAAUCAGUACACAGCUGCAGCUGGACAAAGUCAGGUUGGAGUGGGAGGAGCUUCAGGAGCAGCAGCGUGUGUUACAGGACGCGUUCGACACGCUGCAGGCUGAGUUUAAGUUUGAAGCGGAUCAGUACCAACAACAGCUGGAGGAGAAAACCAGAGAAAACACAGAGCAGCACACACACAUCACUGAGUUGACGAACACUCUUCAAACUGAGAGAGAGCUGAUCAGCAGUCUGAGGUCACAGCUGAAAGCAGACAGAGAGAACACCUCCAAAGAGUUGCUGCAGGCUGUGGAGGAGAACUCGCUGCUCAAAAAACACAUCCAGGAGCUCAGCGCUCAAAACCAGCAGCAGGCUGAGGACAUUAAAUCCCUGGAGCAGAGUGUGAACAGUGCGAAUGUGUCGAUCUCCAGCCUGGAGCAGAAAACAGAGCAAGAUAAAGCCGUGGUGUUGGACCUAAUGAAGCAGACACAUGACCUGCGCUCUGAACUCGGACAGAGGGAUCAGACUCUGUCUCUGAUGAGUGCGGACCUCAGUGACAUCACCGUGAAAUACGGCGCAGCGUGCUCAGAGAGAGAGGACACGAACAGACUGGUGUCUCGCUUGCAGGCAGAAAUCCAGGAGCUCAGAGAGGCUUCAGAGAGACGCCUGGCUUCUGACCGUGUCGAGUUGGAGCUGCUGCAGGAGGAUCUGGCGUACGUCACAGAGGAAGUGGAAAAACUCAGUAAAACUUUAGAGGAGAAAACGACAGAGCUACAGAAAGCCGAGCGUCUUGGCGCUGAGAAGGACACGACCAUCAGCACACUGCAGGAACAGCUGAAGCAGCAGGAGGAGAUGUUCAGUGUGAGGUCUGUAAACGGUGGUCCUGCGGCUGCUUCUCCUAAAACAAACCCACAGACUCCUCACACUCCACGCAGCUUUAACACAGAGCUGUCUCAGGUGUUGGAGAAUCAGGAGAAGGAGCUGGAGAGCCGGCGCACGUCCAUGAUGACGAUGGAGGUUCUGCUGGCCGAACUCAACGCCGAGCGCACGGCAAAGAACGACGAGAUCCAGAGGCUCAGGGUUCAGCUGAAUGAGAAGGAGAACAUGCGUUUGGAGAUCCAGACUCUACUGGAGCAGUUCUACAACACACAGAACCAACAGAAGGGCAGCAGUACAGAGAAUCUGAAGGAUGUGAUCCACGAGUCUGUGCUGCGAGACCUGCGUGAGGAGAGAAGCGCGAAGAGUACACUGAUGAUGCAGCUGGCUGAAGCUCAGAAGAGCCUACAGCACCAGGAGGUGACUCUGGUCCAGUCUCAGACUUGCGUUCAGGAGCUCACCACUGAACUCAGGAACCGCUGUCUGGAGCUGCGGGAGCUUAGGGAGAAAGACAGCGAGCUGCUGCAGGAAAUGGAGGUGUUGAGGAAGCAGGUGGAUCACCUGGCCGAGGAGAACGGAAAACUGCUGGGGCACCAGAACCACAAGCAGAAGAUCGAAUACAUGGUCAAGCUGAAGAAGGAGAUCACCAAACUGCAGGAGGAGAAUGAGAAACUCCGACAGAAGAGUACGUCCUGAACAUCGGUGCAAUGUCACUACACACACACACACACACACACACACACACACACACACACACACAUAUUUGCUGGCUAUCUCAGGAGCUUUCCCACAUGAGCUUGUAACACCCUGAACUGAAACACACACCUCCUUUAGCGUUAAACAUGCUGUAGCGUGAACAUGGCGACCCUGCGAGCUCCUACUCUCCGUCCGGUUCACUGUAAUUAGAUAAUUAGUGAAAGUGUACAUAAUGAUUUUUACUCCUAGAGGAACUGAGGUGAUCUUCACGGCAGCUUCUUCAUCACCAUCUGCUCUACUGAUGGGUUUUAAAGUAAAAUGUGAAAUCAUUUUAUGCCUUUGUUUCUUGUCCUGUUUUUUUUUCUCCACUUUGAUCUUAAACACAGUUAUAAUUUUCAUUUUUCCAGACUUUUUAAAAAUAAAAUUUAUUGUCCUUGUCCUUUCUGACGUUGUUCAUCCUAAUUGUCAUGUUUGUGUUUAAAACCUGUUUAGUUUCUGGUGUAAAUCUCUCUCUGUAUGAACAUGUAGAAAUGACAGUUCAUAUUUUAUUUUUUUAUUCAUGAUUUUGUUGAAAUAAAUAAACAUUUCUUAAUUAU